AUGUCCCCGUGGGCUUGGUGGCUCGUCCUGUGCUGGGCUCCCGCCCUGGCGCUCAAGAACCUGAACUACACGGUGCCCGAGGAGCAGGGCGCCGGCACGGUGAUCGGCAACAUCGGCCGCGAUGCCCGGCUGCAGCCCGGAGGUAGCGGCGGCGGCGGCUUGCCGUCGGUGGAGCGCGCCCGGGGCGGCGGCGUCGGCGUCGGCGGGGGCAAGUCCAGCUUCCGCGUGCUGGAGAACUCGGCGCCCCACCUGCUCGACGUGGACGGCGAGAGCGGCUUGCUGUACACCAAGCAGCGCAUCGACCGCGAGGCGCUGUGCCGCUGGAGCGCCCGCUGCCUCCUCUCGCUCGAGGUCUUCGCCAACGACCAGGAGAUCUGCAUGAUCAAGGUGGAGGUCCAGGACCUGAACGACAACGCGCCCGCCUUCCCCGCCGACCAGGUCGACCUGGACAUCUCGGAGAACGCCGCGCCGGGCACCCGCUUCCCGCUGGCCAGCGCCCACGACCCGGACGCCGGCGAGAACGGCCUGCGCACCUACCUGCUCACCCGCGACGACUACGGCCUCUUCGCCCUCGACGUCAAGGCCCGCGGCGACGGCACCAAGUUCCCCGAGCUGGUGGUGCAGAAGCCGCUGGACCGCGAGGAGCAGAGCCACCACACGCUGGUGCUGACGGCCCUCGACGGCGGCGAGCCGCCCCACUCCGGCACCGUCCAGCUCGACGUGCGCCUCGUCGACUCCAACGACAACAGCCCCGUCUUCGAGGCCCCCGCCUACGUGGUGGAGCUGCCCGAGAACGUCCCGCUCGGCACGGCCGUCAUCGACCUCAACGCCACCGACGCCGACGAGGGCACCAACGGGCAGGUCCUCUACGCCUUCAGCGGCUACACGCCCGAGCGCGUCCGCGAGCUCUUCAGCAUCGACCCCCAGACCGGCCUGAUCCGCGUCAAGGGCAACCUGGACUACGAGGAGGGCGGCCUGGUGGAGAUCGACGUGCAGGCCCGCGACCUGGGGCCCAACCCCAUCCCGGCCCACUGCAAGGUCACCGUCCGCCUCCUCGACCGCAACGACAACGCCCCCGCCAUCGGCUUCGUCUCCGUGCGCCAGGGGGCCCUCAGCGAGGCCGCCCCGCCGGGCACCGUCAUCGCCCUCGUCAGGGUCACCGACCGCGACUCCGGCAAGAACGGGCAGCUCCAGUGCCGCGUGCAGGGGGAAGGGAGUGGAGGGGACGGCGCCGCCCCCUUCACCCUCGAGGAGAACUACGACAACCUGUACACGGUGGUGACCGAUCGCCCCCUGGACAGGGAGGUCCAGGACGAGUACAACGUCACCAUCGUGGCCAGGGACGGGGGCAGCCCUCCCCUCAACUCCACCAAAUCCUUCACCGUGCGGAUCCUGGACGAGAACGACAACCCGCCCCGCUUCAACAAGAACCUCUACGUCCUGCAGGUGCCCGAGAACAAUAUCCCUGGCGAGUACCUGGGCUCCGUGCUGGCCAAGGAUCCGGACCUCGGCCAGAAUGGCACCGUCUCCUACUUCAUCCUUCCCGGCCACGUGGGGGACGUCUCCAUCUUCACCUACGUCUCCAUCAACCCCACCAACGGUGCCCUCUACGCCCUGCGCAGCUUCAACUACGAGCAGACCAAGCAUUUCGAGUUCCACGUCCUGGCCAAAGACUCCGGCUCCCCCCACCGAGAGAGCAACGCCACCGUCCGGGUCACCGUCCUGGAUGUCAACGACAACGCCCCUGUCAUCGUCUUGCCCACCCUGAUCAACGACACUGCGCAGCUCCAGGUCCCGAGUAAUGCCGGCGUGGGGUACCCCGUGGGCACCGUCCGUGCCCUGGACAGUGAUUUUGGAGAAAGCGGCCACCUCACCUACGAGAUUGUGGAAGGCAACGAGGAGCACCUCUUUGAGAUGGACCCCGAAAGUGGGGAGAUCCGCACUCUGCACCCUUACUGGGAAGAGCUGAGCCCCGUGGCCGAGCUCGUGGUCAAGGUCAGUGACCACGGGAAGCCCAGUCUGUCCGCCGUGGCUAAGCUGAUUGUCCGGGCCUUGGCCGGGCCCCUGCCGGAAGCGGGGGAGCCCCAGGUGAAUGGAGAGCAGCACCGGCGACCCCACUGGGACCUCUCCCUCCCCUUGAUCGUCACCCUCAGCACCGUCUCCAUCAUCCUCCUGGCGGCCAUGAUCACCAUCGCCAACGACAUCAUGCUCGUGCCCAGCGAGGGGGAGGACAGCCGGGGGCCCCUCAACGUCAUGAACGUGGUCAGCAGCCCCUCCCUGGCCACCUCGCCCAUGUACUUUGACUACCAGACCCGCCUGCCCCUCAGCUCGCCCCGGUCCGAGGUGAUGUACCUGAAGCCCGCCUCCAACAACCUGACUGUGCCACAGGGCCACGUGGGCUGCCACACCAGCUUCACGGGGCAAGGGACUAACGUCACGGAGGCUCCCCCCAGCAGGAUGUCCAUAAUUCAGACUGACAAUUUUCCCGCAGAGCCCAAUUACAUGGGCAGCAGGCAGCAGUUUGUUCAAAGUAGCUCCACGUUCAAGGACCCAGAACGCGCCAGCUUGAGAGAUAGCGGGCACGGGGACAGUGAUCAGGCCGACAGUGACCAAGAUACUAACAAAGGCUCCUGCUGCGAUAUGUCCGUGAGGGAGGCACUCAAGAUGAAAACGACUUCGACGAAAAGCCAGCCACUCGAACAAGAACAGCAAGGGAGAGGCCAAAGAGCCAUUGUUGGGAUCUGUGGACCGGCCCGCUGUAAAGAAGGAAAAUUUCCAGAACAAGAGGAGUGUGUUAACUGCACCGACGAAUGCCGGGUGCUUGGUCAUUCCGACCGGUGUUGGAUGCCCCAGUUCCCUACUCCCAACCAGGCCGAAAAUGCGGAUUAUCGAACAAAUCUCUUUGUCCCUAUGGUGGAAGCGAGCGUGGAGACUGAGACUUACGAAACUGUGAACCCCGCGGGGAAAAAGACUUUUUGUACAUUUGGGAAAGACAAGCGAGAGCACACAAUUCUCAUUGCCAAUGUGAAACCUUAUCUCAAAGCCAAACGUGCCCUGAGUCCUCUCCUCCAAGAGGUGCCCUCAGCAUCGAGCAGCCCAACCAAGACCUGUAUGGAGCCUUGCGCCUCGACAAAAGGGCCGCUGGAUAGUUGCGAAGUCAAAACAGGAGGCCUGGCUGACCCAAGCAGCCAGUACUUGACCGCCACUGACAGUCAGUACCUGUCGCCUAGUAAACAGCCCAGAGACGCGGCCUUCCUCGCGUCCGACCAGAUGGCAAGGGUCUUUGCCGAGGUGCAUUCGCGAGUCAGCCGAGACUCCGCCGAAAUGGACUCUGUUUUGGAGCAGAUAGACCGUUCCAAUAGGGAACUAGGGAGAGAGUCGGUGGAUGCGGAGGAAGUAGUCCGGGAGAUUGACAAGCUUUUACAGGACUGUCGGGGAAAUGACCCUGUAGCUGUGAGAAAGUGAAAACAAAACAAAAAACACACAAAAAGACAGCCUGGCAUUUAUUUGCUUCUUCUGCUGAUUUGGAAAAAAACAAAAACAAAAUCUCCCCCUGGUUCUAAAAUUUAUACAGGGAUGAACAAAGACCAAUGCUGCUUUACGGCUUUUAGUGAACAUCUGAAGUGCCCACUAAGUAUGUUCUUUUUUCACUGCUGUUUCUUUUUCACAGAUAACACUGGUUUCGUUUUGACCAAACUCUCAUUAGGACAGUGUGAUGUAUGUAAAGAAAAUGGAAGGAAAGAAAGAAAGAGAGGAAGGGAAAAAAAAUUGGCGCCAUUUUGACAAUCUAAUAGAAAGGUGUAAGGAUAAAAAAAGAGAUAAAUGGAACCCGAUGUUUAAGACUUGAUAGUUGAUGUCAUUGUGAUUGUUUACCUGUAGACCCCAUAAAAGUCAGGGCCGGAUCGUUCUGUGAAGGGUUUUCCAGCAGUCCGUAACAGGCCUCCACUGAAAACCCUAAAACCAGAAACCGCGUAAACCAAGAAACAAAUGUUCUUGUCAUAGACCGAGCUACACCGAGCAUUUAACACGCAUUCGUGACAACCAUUUCUGUAUAAAAGUUAUCUUCCACACAGACACAGACACAGAGACACAGAACAACCCCCAGAAUCCAUUUCAUAGCAUCGUUUCAGCGAAGAUAGCCCGGUCAUUAGUAACACCGCUCAUGACUCAUAUUAAAGUUCAGUGUAAAAUGGUAGAGUCCCAUGAUUGUCCGACACACACAUAAGCUAACUCACGUGGUAAGAAGGGAGGGGGGGCAAAGGGGCUUUCGGUGUCCAGCAAAACUCUAGGUUAGCAGUCUGUUUUGAACCUGAGGCAUAAUACAAGAUCACAAACAAGAGAUACCCACUUGACGGGUAAUAAUAGAGGAGAGGAAUUAACAUUAUUAACACCUUUUGUAGUUCAUUUGUGGACACCACGAUAGCUCAAGUGAGUGCAACCAUUUCAAGCCAUCCGCGCCAAUC